CCCGGACCCGCGCCCCCAGCGCCCACGUGAGCGCAAGGCCAGCCCGCAUCCCUCCGAUUGCAUAGCGCGUCCUUGCUCCACGCCGGUCCUUCUGUCGUCCUGUCCCCAACGCAGACGCAGCGUGGGUCCCUGGAGGGUCCCUGCGGACCCGGCCCAGCGCUUCCGUAGGUUCUGGCUUCUUCAUCCCGGAGCAGCGCGCAGGCCGAGGCGCGGGCAAGGCGGUCCCGCUGACCCAAGGCUGAGACGCGAUGAGCAGCCACGGCAACAGUCUGUUCCUGAGGGAGAGCGGCCAGCGCCUGGGUGGUGUGGGCUGUCUGCAGGGCCUGCAGGACAGUCUGCAGCAGAGAGCACUGCGCACGCGCCUGCGCCUGCAGACCAUGACCCGAGAGCACGUGCGGCGCUUCUUGCGCCAGAACGCCUUCAUCUUGCUCACAGUCAGCGCUGUGAUCAUUGGUGUCAGCCUGGCAUUUGCCUUACGUCCAUACCAGCUCUCCUAUCGCCAGAUCAAGUACUUCUCUUUUCCUGGUGAGCUGCUCAUGAGGAUGCUGCAGAUGCUGGUGCUCCCUCUCAUUGUCUCCAGCCUCGUCACAGGUAUGGCAUCCCUGGACAACAAGGCGACGGGGCGGAUGGGAAUGCGGGCAGCUGUGUACUACAUGGUGACUACAGUCAUUGCGGUUUUCAUCGGCAUCCUAAUGGUCACCAUCAUACAUCCUGGGAAGGGCUCCAAGGAGGGGCUGCACCGUGAGGGCCGAAUUGAGACUGUCCCUACAGCUGAUGCUUUCAUGGACCUGGUCAGAAAUAUGUUUCCACCUAACCUUGUGGAGGCCUGCUUCAAACAGUUUAAGACGCAGUACAGCACACGAAUGGUAACCAGGACCAUUGUAAGGACAGAGAAUGGGUCAGACCUGGGGGCCUCCAUGUCUCCUCCAUCCUCGGUAGAGAAUGAAACCAGCAUCCUGGAAAAUGUCACCCGGGCCUUGGGCACCCUGCAGGAGGUGAUCAGCUUUGAGGAGACUGUGCCUGUACCUGGUUCAGCCAAUGGCAUCAACGCCUUGGGUCUCGUCGUCUUCUCUGUGGCCUUUGGGCUGGUCAUUGGUGGCAUGAAGCACAAAGGCCGUGUCCUAAGGGACUUCUUCGACAGCCUCAAUGAGGCUAUUAUGAGGCUGGUGGGCAUCAUCAUAUGGUAUGCUCCAGUGGGCAUCCUGUUCCUGAUUUCUGGGAAGAUUCUAGAAAUGGAAGACAUGGCUGUCCUUGGAGGCCAGCUGGGCAUGUAUACCCUGACGGUCAUCGUUGGCUUAUUCCUUCACGCUGGUGGUGUGUUGCCCCUCAUCUACUUCCUCGUCACUCAUCGGAACCCCUUUCCCUUCAUCGGGGGUAUCCUACAGGCCCUCAUCACAGCCAUGGGUACCUCUUCCAGCUCUGCAACCCUGCCCAUCACUUUCCGCUGCCUGGAGGAGGGCCUGGGUGUGGACCGCCGCAUCACCAGGUUCGUGCUGCCCGUGGGAGCCACUGUCAACAUGGACGGCACUGCACUCUAUGAGGCCUUGGCAGCCAUCUUUAUUGCUCAAGUCAACAACUAUGAGCUCAACCUUGGCCAGAUUACCACAAUCAGCAUCACAGCCACAGCUGCCAGCAUAGGAGCAGCUGGCAUCCCCCAGGCAGGAUUAGUCACCAUGGUGAUUGUGCUCACAUCCGUCGGCCUGCCCACGGAGGACAUCACACUGAUCAUAGCUGUGGAUUGGUUCCUUGACCGGCUUCGGACGAUGACCAACGUACUGGGGGACUCCAUUGGAGCAGCCGUCAUUGAGCAUUUGUCCCAACGAGAGCUGGAUCUGCAAGAGGCUGAGCUGACCCUUCCCAGCCUUGGGAAGCCUUACAAGUCACUCAUGGCACAAGAAAAGGGGGCAUCAAGGGGCCGGGGAGGCAAUGAGAGCGUCAUGUGAGAAGCUUGUAGCUCUCCGUGCAGGGAGGAGGGAAGGGGCUGGGAGGGGACUCCUGGGGACCAUCUGUCGCCCAACUGACUGUGGGCUGAACAUACAUGUUCUGUGUGGCUUCUCUGGGGACUGCUGAGAUAAAAGAGAAGGAAUGAAAGGUAUCCAAAAUGUAUCUGUCACUGUUGCAUUUGUGUGGUUCACAUACAAGAACAACCCAUGGGAGGGUUCACCAUAGUGAGAAGGCAUGGUGGAAGAGAGUGGCUCACUUCCUGGUGGUCAGAAAGCAGACACAG